AUGUUUUGGGCAACGCUCACGGCUUUGCUGGCCGUCUCCAGCGUUCAAGGCGGGCUAUUGCGACCCACCAUCUCGCAAUGGUUCUGGCAAUCCUCUGUUGUCGUCGGCGAUUGGCUCUACAUAUCGGAUGGAGAGGCAUGGGAAUGGGUUAACGGGACGUUACAUUCCUUCUAUCGUUGCGUUUACACUCCCCAGCCAAACGAAGGCCUGACGAGGCUGAUUGUCGCAGUCUGGCCCACCAUCUCGGUCGACCUUUCUCAGUCGUGGACAAACGUCUCCGUCUAUAUUGCCAACAACUCAGACCCUGCUCCGAACAUGCCACAUCGCAGGUGGCCUGUAAUUUGGUACAGUGAAGACACAGGCAAAGUGUACAAAUAUGGUGGUUGGGCAUACAAUAGCACGGACUGGACAGCCGAUCUUUGGUCCUUUGAACCCGGUGGACUCACUGUCUAUUGGACUUCAGAAACAUCGCCUUCCACAAAUAUACAGUCGCCAUCUGAGGCCCCGUUCGGAUCAGCCUGGGCUGUGGGCAACUCGACGUUGUACAGCUUAGGAGGCUCCAUCUCCAAUAACGCCUUGAUCCCGCCGAAUACCAUUCUCCCAGGCUUGGUGGAGUUUGAGGAAUUCAGUGGCAAUACGGUUAACUCCACAACUAACAUCCCAAACAGCUCCCCAUACUUCAACCAGGCAAAGGCUGAGUUUGCCUCGAAUUUCGGCCAAGCAGGGUUUUUGAUUGUUGUGGGAGGUGCUAACCCCAGCGAACAAGAGUUCGCAUUUGAGCAAGACACUUCAUUUCGCGAUAUGGCCGAUAUUGUGUUGUAUGACGCAUCCACGCCUGAUACAUGGUACGUUCAGCGAGCGACUGGAGACAUCCCUCCACCAAGAACAGAGUUUUGUACAGUAGGAAAGGCUUCAUCUGAUGGGAAGACUUACGAGCUAUUUGUGUACGGCGGCAUGACGAACACAACCUACGACCUCAACAACCCUGAUGAGCUUGGCUACCUCAACGUCUAUGUCCUCUCUUUACCUGCAUUCAGAUGGUUUCAAACCCCGGCGACAACCACCACUCGCCGGUGCAGUCACACUUGCUCUAUCAUCGGCAACAGGCAAAUGGUCUCUAUCGGUGGCCGUCCGCCCAGUACGCUCAAUCAAUUCGGUGCCGAUUUCGAUGAAUGGGCCAGCGGCAUAGGGGUUAUGGAUAUGACUGAAUUGCAGUGGAAGGACCACUACGAUGCCGGAGCUGCACCCUACGAACGAGCGCAGCUGAUCCAGAAAUACUACGACCAAAGCUAUGUCGAACCCGCAUGGAGUGAUCCUGCAUUGGCGACAGAAUUUGCAUUUGCCGGCCCAACGCAUGCCUCUACCACCCCAACACCUCACCCGACGACCCCGGUACCGGCCCCGGGUCCCACAACAUCAACACCUCCCCCUAUCCACCAUUCCCAUACCGGUGCUAUUGCCGGCGGCGUCGUGGGCGGAGUUGUAGGUUUAGCUCUUGUUGCUGGCCUUGCCUACUUCCUUGGGACCCGUCGCAAUCGUCAAACUACCGCCUCCAGGGAUCCUGUGCCUCCGCCUUCGGAGUCAAAGCCAUCAGAAAUAGCCGAUAAUCCGUCAUCGAUCCAGAAGCAGUCGCCGGAGCUGGCUGAAACGCCAGUCUUUGAACGAAGUGAGCUGGAGGGCGAAACCACCCGGCAGGUUGCCGAGUUGCCAGGCUAUCAUGGGAAUUUUGUGCCGGGACAAAAGUAA